AUGAAGCUACAAACCGCUCUCACCCAGGUCCUACAGAACAUUGCCGCUUUUUCCCUUCUCGCAACUGCCACUCCCGUCAAGCACAUCGAGACAUGUGACAGCCCGGUGUGGAAUGUUGGUCAGUCUGUGCGGACUACCAGCGGCCUUGUCGUAGGCCACACUGCAGCAAACGUCUCCGAGGUCUCCGAAUAUGUUGGGAUCCCAUAUGCGGCCCCUCCACUUGGGCGCCUUCGUUUCCAGCCUCCAGUCCGCUAUACUGGAAAUGGUACCAUCGACGCAACCGCAUUCGGUCCAACAUGUAUCCAACCACCAUCAGCACCGCCAAGCAUCAAUACCAGCAGUGUACCGCCCCAGAAUCUUGGUAUUCCGCCUACUUUUCCUGCAGCGUUCGCAAGCCAAGUAUACCCAGCCAGCGAGGAUUGCUUGACCUUGAAUGUCUGGACCAAGCCGCAGACUGGAGAGGCGAAGAAAGCUGUGCUUGUCUGGAUCUAUGGAGGAGGUUAUGUGUCAGGCAGCUCUAGACAGCCGCAAUACCGUGGGCAAUUCAUUGCUGGCAAAACUGAUGUUGUCGUUGUCUCGAUGAACUAUCGUGUUAACACUUUCGGAUUCUCUGGUAACCCCGCCGCACCAGCUAAUAUUGGUCUCCGUGACGUUAGAAUGUCCUUGGAAUGGGUUCGCGACAAUAUCGAGCAAUUUGGUGGUGACCCAGACCGCAUUACGAUCUUUGGACAGUCUGCCGGCGCUGGCCUCGUUGACUUCUACUCGUUUGCUUACGCCGAUGACCCAAUUGCUUCUGGUUUUAUCGAGAUGAGCGCAACAAUUUACGGGUUCCCAGCCCUCACUGCAAUAGAGACGAAUGACCGCUGGUUCCAUGUCACUAACUUGGUUGGCUGUGGAGACGCCACUUCUGACCCAGUUGCCGUUACCGACUGCAUGGUGAACAAGACCGUCGAGGAGAUACUAGCUGGUUACGACCCUGCCCAUGUUCCAUUCACGCCCUCUCCAUACGGGCCAGUCAUCGACAAUGAAUUGGUCUUCUCGAGCUACCUCAACCGCACUGCCGCCAAGGGAGGCUACCUGAUCGGUAACACUCACAACGAGGCAGGUAUCUUUAAGCUCGGAGAAACGCCACACAACGAGAGCUAUUGGGCCGACUUCAACGACAGCCUAUACACGUGUGCCGAUGUCGUGAGAAUUGAGCAAAGUAUCGCUGCUGGCAACCCAACCUGGAGAUACCGCUACUUCGGCGACUUCCCCAACUUGGUCCUUACUACUACCCCACCGAGCGGCGCCUAUCACACUGCCGAUAUCUAUCCAUUGUUUAACACCGUCAAUCAGACCUUGCUCGCUAGUACUCCAGCUGAAGUCACUGUUGGAAACUUCCUCCGCGAUAUCUGGUCCAGCUUUGCCAAGGACCCCCAGCAUGGUCUUGAUGCUUUCUGGCCUCAGUACAAAGGGACCGAGAAGACCUUGGCCCGUACUGGUUUUAACAACGAGACAAUCAGCUUGGCGCCUGGUAACAUGUAUGAUAAUGUUUGUCGCUGGACUUACGACGGUGUCAGCGCUCCAGCCCCCCUGUAA